CCCGCGUGAGCAUGCCCGUGUGUGCCGCCGCCAUGAGCCAGGACUUCGGCUGGAGCAAAAAGGAGGCGGGGCUCGCGCUGAGCAGCUUCUUCUGGGGUUACUGCCUGACGCAGGUGGUGGGCGGCCACCUUGGGGACCGGAUCGGGGGCGAGAAGGUCAUCCUACUGUCGGCCUCCGCCUGGGGCCUCAUCACGGCUGCCACCCCCCUGCUUGCCCGCCUGGGUGGCGCCCCUCUGGCCCUAAUGACCUGCUCCCGGGUCCUCAUGGGCCUGCUCCAAGGCGUUUACUUCCCAGCGCUGACCAGCCUGCUGUCACAGAAGGUGCCGGACAGUGAGCGGGCCUUCACCUACAGCACCGUGGGCACUGGCUCCCAGGUUGGAACGCUGGUGACCGGCGGCGUGGGCUCCCUGCUCCUGGAGCGGCACGGCUGGCCGAGUGUCUUCUACUUUGCCGGUGGGCUCACACUGCUCUGGGUAUACUACGUGUACAGGUGCCUACUGAGUGAGAGAGACCUCCUCAUUGUCCUGGGCGCACUGGCCCGAGGCCGCCCCAUGUCCAGACACACCAAGGUCCGGUGGGGACAGCUCUUCCGAAAGCCUGCAGUCUGGGCGGCUGUCCUCUCCCAGCUGUCCUCUGCCUGCGCCUUCUUCACCCUGCUCUCCUGGCUGCCCACCUUCUUCAGGGAGACCUUCCCCAGCUCCAAGGGCUGGGUCUUCAAUGUGGUGCCCUGGCUGGUGGCCAUCCCCGCUGGUCUCUUCAGUGGGUUUCUCUCGGACUACCUCAUCAGUCAUGGUUACAGGACCAUCACGGUGCGGAAGUUCAUGCAGGUAGAACCCACUCACCUGGUGCUCUCUGCACUCAAGGACGGGGCCCCCAAGUCAGCCAGUUUCUGGGGCCCAUGCUGGGGCUCGAGCCACCUCUCUGGGGGAGGCCCCCAGGGCCCCCACAUGGGCCCUGUGCCCCUUGCAUACAGACACCCCUCCAGGGGCCUGGGCUCAUGGCUGGGAGGGGGCUCUGGGCAGCUUCACCUGCACCUGACUGUGGCAUGAGUCGGCCCACGCUUGCUGCUGACCCCGAGACCCACUGC